AAGGGGACUACGAUCUUCACCAAUUUAUCCUCUGUGCUGAAAGACGAGCAGGUCUGGGAUAAGCCAUACCAGUUUUAUCCAAAGCAUUUCCUUGAUGAAAAUGGCAAGUUUGUAAAGCGAGAGGCCUUCAUUCCAUUUUCAGCAGGUCGACGGGCUUGCCUAGGAGAACAGCUAGCCAGAAUGGAACUUUUCCUUUUCUUUACAACUCUCCUACAGCAAUUUACUUUUGAGAUACCAAAUAAUCAACCUCGCCCAAGAGAUGAUCCUAUCUAUGCAUUUAUACACUUUCCACAUCCUUACAAGAUCUGUGCAGUAUCCAGAGUAUAA